AUGGCUGAUAACGAACAGAAGGCAAUGCAAUUAUUAGUGGAAGCUGAAAAAAAGUUAACAUCUUCAAAGGGCUUCUUCGGUUCGCUAUUUGGAGGAUCAUCAAAGUUUGAAGAAGCUGUAGAAUGUUAUCAACGUGCUGCAAAUAUGUUCAAGAUGGCAAAGAAUUGGAGUUCUGCAGGAAGUGCAUUUUAUGAAGCAGCAGAGUUACAUGCUAAAGCAGGCAAUCGUCAUGAUGCAGCUACUAAUUAUGUAGAUGCUGCUAAUUGUUUUAAAAAAUCUAAUAUAAAUGAGGCAAUCAGUUGUCUAUUAAAAGCAAUUGAAAUUUACACUGAUAUGGGUCGAUUCACAAUGGCAGCCAAACAUCAUCAAAGUAUAGCUGAGAUGUAUGAAAGUGAAGCUGUAGAUCUUGAGAGAGCAGUUCACCAUUAUGAGCAAGCUGCUGAUUAUUUUCGUGGAGAAGAGAGCAAUUCCUCUGCAAAUAAAUGUCUUUUGAAAGUUGCACAGUAUGCUGCACAACUUGAAAAUUAUGAAAAAGCUAUUCAAAUUUAUGAACAGGUUGCAUCUGCAUCUUUAGAAAGUUCUUUGUUGAAAUAUAGUGCAAAAGAAUAUUUUUUCCGAGCAGCGCUAUGUCAUUUAUGUGUUGAUGUAUUAAAUGCUCAACAUGCAAUUGAACGUUAUCAAGAACAAUAUCCUGCAUUCCAAGAUUCUAGAGAAUAUAAAUUGAUAAAGACAUUAAUAGAACAUAUCGAGGAACAACAACUCGAAGGUUUUACAGAAGCAGUAAAGGAAUAUGAUUCAAUUUCACGAUUGGAUCAGUGGUACACAACAGUAUUAUUACGUAUUAAAAAGCAAGUUGACGAUAAUCCAGAUCUGCGCUGAUCGGUUGUUCCUAUUUUGUGCUAUUUCUUAUCGAUGAUAUUAUUAAUCCAAUUCUAUAUGUAUUCUUUUUUAAGUCAUAUCCUGCUUUCAGUGGAACUUGUAAAGUAGUUUCGUUUUUGUACCCAAAUAUAUUUUUCAUAACAUCUCCUUGCUCUCUUGGCAACUAUUACAUUCAUCAUUUAAAUUAUCAUGAAUUUAUAGAAUAUUGUCAUUAAAAAAUAUAAAGAAAAAA